AUGGAUGAUGAAAGCUCUAGCUAGCUAGUAGAAGGACAGAGGAAUCUGAUGUACAAACUGGAGCACAAUUCUAUCGAUACAUAAAGGACAGAUAGAUGGAUAGAAGACAGAUAUUGGAGAAACCAUGAUGAAUCCCUUUCGACGCCACAAGAGUGACUCCAAAGUCGUCCCUCGCAUUCCCACCAGCGACAAAUUCCGCAUGCCACCGGAAGAAUAUCCCCACGAAGGAACUUGGUUGCAAUGGCCUCAUAACUUUGGUUGGGAUCCAGACCAUGUCCAGCGCUAUGAAGCCACUUGGAUUGCCAUGACACAAGCCUUGCAUACCGGAGAAAAGGUUCACAUUAUUGUCUACAACGAUGCCGAACAAGAACGAGUACAACACAUCCUGUCCCAACCACCCAAUAGUAUGGACAUGACACAGAUUGACUUUUACACAUUCCACACCGAUGAUGUCUGGGUACGAGACAAUGGUCCCAUUUUUGUAUUCGAUACUAACAGUGAAGAUGAGGAAGAACUCUGUAUUACCAAUUGGAUCUUCAAUGCAUGGGGUGGCAAGGCAGAUGAUUACUAUGACAAUUACGUCCCCCUGAAAGUGGGACAUGCCCUGGAACUGCCCGUCAUGGAUGUUCCCAUGGUGCUCGAGGGUGGAUCCAUCGAAGUGGAUGGACGUGGCACACUCAUGGCCAAACGAUCUUCCAUUCUCAAUGCCAAUCGAAACAAGGGGUGGACCCAACAAGAUGCCGAACGAUUCUUUUCACAUUACCUGGGUGUCACCAACUUUAUUUGGUUGGAUGGCAAAAAGGGAGGAUCGGAUAUUACCGAUGAUCAUAUUGAUGGCACGGCUCGAUUUGCCAAUGGAGACACCAUUGUGACGUUUUACAAGGAGGACUUUGUUGCACCCAAGGAAUACAAGAUUUUACAAAAUGCCAAGGAUGCACAGGGUCAACCCUACAAGAUGGUUCACUUGCCCUGUACCAAACACAAACUCAAACGUGUGGGCGAUUAUGGCAUUUACACCAACUUUUAUGUCGCCAACAAGGUCGUGUUGGUUCCUGCGUUUGACGAUCCCAAUGACAAGGUUGCCAUGGACAAACUGGCAAGGCUCUAUCCAACACGCCAAGCUGUGGGCAUUCCCUGUACCGAAGUUUAUCGGGAUGGUGGACUCGUACACUGCAUAACACAACAACAGCCAGCAAAGCAAAGAAAAUGAAAUCAAAUAAGUUAGUCAGUUAUUGAAUUAGUUGGUUGCUUUUUGCUUUUGCAAAUGUGGAACUGGAGUCGAGUCAGUCAAAGGAUGGAUACUUGUCACCGUUAGUUGCAACAGAUUGAUCAUUAUAGGAAUUCGUGUUUUUAUAAUUUUGGUGUCCGU